UUCGUCGUUUUUGAGCUGACCAGCGUGUGAUGCGUUUUAUUUUAUACGGUUGACGCGUGAGACAUGACGCUAUUUCGCCGUGACUCUUAUCGUCGGGAGGUUCUGUGCCGCUAACUUGCGCGAACCUCGCUACCGUCUCCAAAGCGCUCGACUUGGAGGGGUGCCCGCAAGCCAAGUGAACGCGGUGUGUCGCAGCGGUUUUUUUGUUUUUUUUUCUUCUUCAAACGUGGUGUGUGGAGUGUUGUGUGGAGGGGACGCCGUGAAACGAGCUUUGCUGCUUCCGCGUUCUAUCCUGAAAGCCACUGUGACAGUACCGUGAGGGUGUGAAGUGCGCUCAUGAAGGGCAAAGGCAAAGGUUCUGAGGAGUGUCCGUUGCAGUUUCCGGACGUGAGUCCUGUGGAUCACGUGCAGGAAUGCCCGCGCUACACGACGAUCGCGCAGGGCGACGCUACGGUCUCUCUCGAGGACUUGGAGCCGCUGCAGCUGGAGCUCGAGACGCUACUGGUGUCGGUGUGCGAGAGACGAAGGCGCUUGGCGCACGAGACUCAGCUGUUGCUGUCGUGGCAGGAGAAAAAGAUUCCCGUUGGUGGCAGCGGCACACCUUCGGCGCCAGGCAAGCGUAGCCGCGUUUCACCCGAUGGCAAGCCUUCAAAAAAGUUCAGGGAUGGUGGAAAAGUUUUCACUGGUGGACGACCACCACGCAAGCAAGUGGCGUCGAGCUCAUCCACGUUGGCCACGGGUGUCACCACUGAAGAAGGACCCUCAGUUGCUCGUAAUGAUGCACCAAACCGCUUUUGGGCUUCGCUGGAACCUUACUGUGGCCAUGUUACGGCUGACGAUGUGCGUGCCCUGGAAGAGCUGAUGCGUGCCCGUGAGGAAGAGGCCUCGGAGUACCAGCGGGUGCCGCCUCUAGGCCGCCACUACGCCCAGCGUUGGGCACAAGAGGACCUCCAGGAGGAGCAAACCCAGGGAGCUCGAGCUGCUGGUGGUGGAGCCCAGGGAGCAAGGUCCCCGCAGCAGACGAGGGGCAGCCUCAACUGCGACAAUGCGUCAUCUGGGGCCAACAACAGCAAGGGAGGAGGCGCCGGGGAGCCCCUUGGAAGCCUGACACAGAGGCUCGUCUCUUGUCUGCUGGAAGAGAACCUCUUGUGUCCUCCUCUGGAGGACAAUCAGCUGGGCCCCCCACUAGGUCCGAGCCCUGGCCUUGCCCAGCAGCUGGAGCGACGCGUGCGCCGAGAGCUUCGCGAGCAUGGCCUUCUCACGGAGACCGACAACCCGGAUGAUCAGGUCUUGGCUGAGCUACGGAGAUGCCAAGCAGAGCUCCGGAGCAUCAGCAACCGAAAUGGAGCUCAGCUCAAUGCGCUUCUGAGACGAGCGCGAGAGAGCCUCGCCCAGCAGGAACUGAACCGUCGCUUACGGGUGGCCGAUCACGAGCUUCUCGAAGCCUGGCGACGGAUUGCUCAGGCGCGACAACGCAAAAAGACACCGUCCAAAAAGGACCGUGACCUGGCUGCAAAGGCGCUGCGUGAUCGACAAGCUCUCCUCAAGCAGCGGUCAUCAUCUUUGCAGCGAUGACCUCCUGUCCAAAAGAAGUACCAGCGGAUUAUCGAUCUAUGUUUCUUGCAAUUUGAACAGCCUCUGUUCAUUAAGCUCCCUAGAAUCUUUCAUUGGCCUCGUGGACUUGAGGUUAUAAGAAGGUACAAGAGUGGAGGACGCCAUGUCUUCGUUGAGCAAAGCAUCUAUGAAAGAUUGAAAGUUUUACCAGAGAGUGGUGUGAGUGCUAUCUCAAAUAGAAAGAUAGUUUCCCCCACUUGUGCACCGGAGACAAGUCCUCAAGCUUCACCCACUGUCACAAUUCAAGACACAUGGCCAGUGGUACAUUGUGCUGCAGCAAGAAUUAAAGGCAGUGAACAAGUGUAUCUGCAAAAUAUGGCGCUGGCAUCAAAACAUGACGUUCUGUAACUUUUGAGUUGCUACUAGGCAAUUUUAUGCCUCGUUUUCAUGUGUCUGUGUGUGAGUGUGUGGGAAAGCUCAUUUGCAUGGAAUAGACAUAGUCAUCAUUUUAUUUUCUGUUCAAUUCCAUCACACUAUUGUGAAAUGCACUUAUUUGUUUGCGUGUGAAAGAUCAUUGGCACUUGGUAGAUACGAGUGAAGCUUUUUCUCAUCAGUGUUAUUAUUGGAAAACAUAAAAGGCAGCAUCACCAUACACA